AAACUCAUAUGAGUCGAUAUCGUCCUUGAUUUGCCUUUAAAUUUGUUUACGCGUUCCAGCUGUGUCCUGCUAUUUUUUGUAUACUGCUUUAAAAUUUUGUGAUAAUUCCUAAGACUGACAUAUAAAUAGUAAUAAUUGUGAUUUUUGCAUCAGCAAUAACCAGAGUGCUGCUUCAAACAACAUCAUUUCUAUUCGUCGCCGCCAAAGUGUUGUUGAAAUUAGACAACAAAAUUGUUAUUCAUUUUAUUUACAUAUCACUCCGGUAAUCAAAGACGUUUUUGUUACUCGACUCCCAUGUCAUUCAGUUGAACAAAGAGAAAUGACGAUGAGUUUCGAUACAUUUCCUGAGAGAGUACUUGAUUGAUGUAUUCUUUUAAAAUUUUACAAAUAUAAUCGUGUUUAUCGCAAUCUAAAAUUACAAAAUUCAAAAUGAAUCGAUGGUUAAUGGUACUUGUCAGUGCAGCAAUCUUCGGUUGUUCAACUGCCUUUAGACCGGUCGUUAUUAUCCAUGGAAUUCUGACCGGAGCCGAUAGUAUGAUAGUGGUGGUUGAGGAAAUUCAGAAGAACCAUCCGGAUACUAUAGUAUACAACACCAAUCGCUUCGCUGGCUGGUCUAGUUUGGAGAAUGCGUGGCAUCAGGUGUUCGAAUUCAACAACGAUCUGCAAAAAAUAUGCCGGGAUCAUCCCGAGGGAGUAAUCUUGCUAGGCUACUCACAAGGAGGUCUGCUGGCCAGAGCAGUUUUGCAGAUCUACCCGGAUCACUGCGUUAAAAAGCUCAUAUCCCUCAGUUCACCUCAAGCAGGGCAGUACGGAACUGAGUUCCUUCAUUUGAUAUUUCCUUCGUUGGUGGCCAAAACUGCCUAUCAGCUGUUCUAUACAUACGUUGGACAGCAUACGUCCGUGGGAAAUUACUGGAACGAUCCGAAUGAACAGGACAAAUACGAAGCGUUCAGCAUUUUCUUACCUUACGUAAACAACGAGCUACCGUCGACAAAUUCGAGCCAGUUUCGGGACUCACUGUUAAAGUUAGAAGAAAUAAUUCUCAUUGGAGGUCCCGACGAUGGUGUUAUCACUCCCUGGGAAUCGAGUCAUUUUGGUUACUUCAACGGUUCGUACGACGUUAUUCCGUUCCGACAAAGAGAAAUUUACCUAGAAGAUCGCAUUGGUCUACGGACUUUAGAUGAAAGUGGGCGACUCAAGCUGGUAACCCUAGCAGGCGUGAGGCAUUUUGAUUGGCACAUGAAUAUCGAUGUGAUCAACAAGGUCAUAAUACCUUAUCUCGAUUAGAAACAGGCGCUAGAAAUAUGUGAUAAGAUAUAAUUAUUUACUGCAGCUGCACAUGACUGAGUAGAGAAAAAUAGUUGGUUUUAACAAGGAAAGCUUUAAAAUUUCUUAUUGAUUGGUGUUAGUUUAAAAAAUAUGUAGCAAAUUUUUUUUUCGAAAUAUUUCUUCGUAAAAAUUCAAUAUAUUGAGUUCGAGUUUACACAUGAUAGUUGAAUCUUGGGCAACAGUGCAUAUUAGUUUUGUUAGAAUAAUGAAUGCUGUAGUGUUUGCCAAGUUGGGCGUAAAUUGUUUAAAAAGUGUGUUUUUUUGAGUCCCUCGAUA